CCCGCCGCCGUUCCGCCGUGUGGCCGCGGGUCGGUCUCCUCAGACAGCCUGCUGCGUCCCGGAGCCCGUGCGGCAACAGCCGUCCCACCGCCAGCUCGUCCCUCUCGCCUCCCAGCCCACAGCAGUCGCUGGGCUGCCCCGGCCGGGCCGCGGGGCCUCCAGGCGGGGAGCGGCGGCCCAGGGCGAGCGAGGGGCUCUAGCGGCCCGCCAGGGACAGCUGCUGCCACCGCAGCACCAGGUGUGAGGCCAGCGGUUUGGCAAACUUGUGAAUGAGUGCCGUCAGUCACCCUCGUUGGUGAUGAGGCCGGAGCCCAGCAGAGCACCUGCGGCCUGUGCCUGCCUUCACAGAAAGCGAGGGGCUGAGAAAUAGCGACAGGAAUCCUGAGUGAAGAAGCGUGUCUUAGUGGCUGCACGGCCAGGAUACAUCAAAGCCUGUUCAUUUGAAGCUAAUGUUGGUGGUGAGGCCCAUUCCAGACUGAGGCCUGGCAACGCCUGAGCAGCUUCCUGGAGUCUUGUCAUGCACCAAAAAACAAUAACUAUUCCUGUGGCUAAAUUCAGGCUGGAUGCUUCUUUCUGAAAGCAAUAAUACAGAUACUACAUACAAACUUGGAACAACCAGAAUAAGGUUACUGCAUUUUCAAGUUAAGACAAAGCAGUUGGGUUUAGGAAAGUAACAGGAAACACAAGUUAAAAUCCUCCAGUUUUGCCUGAAAAAUAUCUGAUGGAUGAAUUGAACUUGAAUUUUCGGGUUUCGUUUAACUCAUUAUUCAAAGGUUCCCAGUAGGCUUUGAAUUACAGUCUUUUUUUUCAAAAGCAGAAAGAAAAAUAAAAACAAGUUUCAUACUUCGGUGUUGAGCUAUAACUUGAAGUACAGAAGGAAGACUGAAUGCACGAUGCUGAAGAACUACCAUGAGAUUCUAAAUGUCAAAUGACUGUACAAAAAAAUUAAGUGAAAGUCCACCAAAAUAACUGCAAAUGGCGUGGUGGAACAAAAUACAUUCAGUUGUACACACAGAGAAGGGUUCCAUGUUGCUCAACGCAUAAGGAAACAGGUGCAGGGAGAAGCUGGUAUGGAAAAAGCAUCUCUACAGGUGGCAGAUUUAGGAUGUGCUGACUGUACUCUUCUCCAGAUGCUGAAAUUCUGCAGUUGUAUUGAAGUGUUAGCUGGGCUAGAUAUCUGCACAAGUGUAAUGAAAGAGAACAUGCAUAGGUUAUCUCCUCUUCCUGGUGAUUAUUUGCAACCGGCUGAAAGACCCCUAACUGUUACCUUGCAUCAGGGUUCAGUUGCCCAUAAAGAUCCUUGCAUGCUUGGUUUUGACUUGGUAACGUGUAUUGAACUAAUAGAGCACCUGGAACAAUCAGAACUAGUGAAGUUUCCUGAAGUGGUGUUUGGUUUCAUGGCUCCACGCAUAGUUGUGAUCAGUACUCCAAAUUCUGAAUUUAACGCUUUGCUUCCCGGCAAAGCAUUAUUCAGGCAUCCAGACCACAAAUUUGAAUGGAACCAAGCACAAUUUCAAAGCUGGGCUCUAGAGACAGCCAGACGUUAUGAUUACUCAGUGGAAUUUACUGGUGUAGGGCACCCACCAACAGGAAUGGAGAAUGUUGGGUUUUGUACCCAAAUAGGUGUGUUUGUUAGAAAAUAUCCUCAAACCAGUGAAUCUGCUCAGUCUGAGAAACCCACUGAAGCAGUUUACAAAACGGUCUUCAGAGCUGUGUAUCCAAGUCUUAAAGAUGAGAAAUACCUGAAGAAUGCAGUGGUCAGUGAAGUUAUUUUCACAGCACAAAAUAUUAAGCGAAGUCUGCUGGACCAUUUAAUGGCAGAACAUGAGGAAUACAAUAAUGAUCCCGUUGAGAGAAAAUUCCAAUUCCAGCCUUCAGUGAACCGUUUUUCAGAAGAUCUUGGAAAACUGGUUGUUGAAAAGAGCAUGGAACCAUUUGUCCAUGGAAAUGUGGUUUAUAUACCUCUAACAACAAUUUUUUCUUUUCCCAAAGUGAAUCGGCUUUGUGGUACCUUUGAGAAGCUAUGCAAACUUAUUGCUGGCAAGGUCACACUGAGCAGUGAUGGUUCUGCUGUGAUGUUCAAUACAGAACUUGAAAAUGAAGAGAAUUAAAUAACAGAUUUCUCAGACAAAGUUCCAUUAAAGCAAUUUAGGUGUUUCUUCAGUAGCUGUCAAAUGCUGUGUUCUAUAUGGACCUAGAACCACAAAAUCUUUUCUAAACCUUCCAGUAUUUAUCCAUCAGCACCUCUCUCACUGAGUAAAGAUGAGUGCUUCUGACAAAGAUCCCAGUAACUGGUAGGGUUUUAAAAUAGAGUAUCAGGGGCGAAACAGAAAGAAUUAAUUCAUGUGAAGAAAGAAAUAAGUAUUUAUCUUUGUUUUCUACCACCAUUUUGUAGCUAUCAUGACUAGAUUCUUUUUGGUAAUCUUUUGUAUGCUCCAAGGAUAGUUCAUGAUAAUACAGAACUAUGUUGUUGUGCUGAAUAAUGUGUCAGACAAAUAUUUACAACAAGUUUUUUUGUAAUAGAAUAAAAUUUAUAGAUGAGCUUUUUUAAGAUGAGCACAUACUCAGCCAUGAUGUGGGAUGUAGGGUGAGGGGAAAAAAAAAAAGGAUAAAUUUAGUCUUAUUGUCUUAUCCAGUUUCUGCUACUUGGGAAAUAACUUGCAUCCUGUAACUUUUCAGAAGCUGAAUUUAAUGAUUUUUGAAACUGGUAUCUUUGACUAUUGUUUUUGAAAAAAUAAAAAAUAGCUGUCUUUGUGAAUGCUGAAGUGGCCUCAGUGUACCUGGAAAAAAAAAUCUGCAUUUUCACAUGCAGCAGUUUUCCAAAAAGUUUCAACGACGCAUUCAGCAGAGGUGUUCUAGAUAGUACAGUUUACUGGCUUGGCCAGGGUGACUUUUUCUUAAGCAGACCUGAAUUGUGUCUGUAAAUGUCUGGUAGCAAAUGUUAGAUGAUGGACUUACGAAGACAGAAAUUUUGAAGGGUGCAGAGGAUUGGCUUGUUCCUACAGUAUCCAUGAACUGACACACUGCAAUUCUUUUUAAGCUUCUGUGCAUACCCAAAUUAGCUUAACCAAUGAUUUUAAUGACUGUGUAUUUCUUACGAGUAAAGAGUUGGUUAAUUAAAAAGCCUCAUUUUGUGUAUAUUUCACAAUGUCAUUGGCAGCUUUGGGUGAACUAGUAGUAUCAAGCUGACUUAAUGUUUGUGAAAGUUUCACAACUUUCUGAAAAUAGAAACUUUUGUGUAAGGGCUGGCUGUUUCAUAAAGAAGAUGGCUGCAUUCUACCAUCUACAUUUUUGGAAUCCACUUGGAAUGAUUAAGGUGAAAGAUCAGACAUAAAGGGAAAAGGCAGCUGUAAUUCUCUGGGUUGAGAAAUGUUACAAAAUCUGUAAGAGGUAGAGUUUCAGGGACAGAAGAAUGCUCUGCAGUGCUCUGUCAUACUGAAUGAUUUAAAAAUGCUUACUCAAUAAGCUUUAUAUUUUGUGGGAGAUUUCUUCUCCUGCAACAAAUAGACAUGGAUUAUUAAAAAUUAACACAAUAUUUAUAAUCAUUUUAAGAACUAAUUAAAAUGCAUCUCUAAUACAAUAGUUUAAAUGGUUUUACUUGUUUUGACAUUGUGAUAUGAAGUUGCCAUAGUUGGUAUGUUAAAGUAUAUGUAAAAUUCAAAAUUGGUAAAUAUGCUUUGGACACUAAUAAGCGUAGCUGUUUCAGAAUAGCCUUGGUUUGUUAUUAGAAAAUAUCACUGCAGUUCACUAUAUGGUUUUCUUUAGUUAGAAGAUUUUUGGACCAUGGAACUUCUUCCUGUGUCUCUUCUUUUCUGAACAUUAGAUCUUUAGUGUACUUUAUAGCAUGAUGAUUUUAAAAUGAGGAAAAGGGAAGAGAAGGAGGUCCUGUCAGAUUUGGAAUGAUAUUUGUGUUUAAUUUUGUAUUCGGGUACCAUCUAACUACAGGAAUGUCUUGUGAAUGACAGGACUGUAUAUGAAUACAUGCUUGUUUUUCCUCAAAACAUUGUACCCUUAAAGCUUGUAGGUAUAUAUCAAAGUGGUUUCUGUGACUAUUUGGUGGACUAAUGUGAAGGGUCCUAAACCUUAAUCCAAUUUUUAAGGGGUUCAUGGAUUCUCUUCCCCUUCUUUGUAACAGGUUUUAGUUUUUAAUGAUAUUAAUAGCUAGGGCAAAUAUCAAUUCCUUCAUUCUUGCUUCUGCCUUUCCUGGGGAAAAUCUAAAGUCAGACUACAGAUGUUUGGCCCUAUCUGUUCGCAGUGUUCCUUAGUUUAUUUAUAUGUGCUGAAACUGAAGAAGCUAUUACAUAUCAUAUACAGAAGUGCUAUUUAGAAUAUAUACAUUUUAAUGGAGACUGCUGGCUUUUAGUAAAACAAGGUAUGCUAUUUUGUGUGCCAGCUUUCCACUGGCUUAAAUAAACGUUAAUCAAGACUUUAAA